UUGUCAAUAUUUCCUUCCGGACUGAUUUAUGCGACGGAUUGAAUAUACCGGAAGUUGUGCUGUUGACGAAAAUUCGAGUAAUUUCGUGUUAAUGGCUCUUCCAGGUGUGAAUAAGGACAACAUCCGCGCUGGGUGUAAGAGAUGCGGCUAUCCCGGUCACCUCACGUUCGAGUGUCGGAACUUUGUGCGUGUGGACCCGAGGAAGGACAUCGUGCUGGACGUGAGCAGUACGAGCAGCGAGGAGAGCGAGGAGGAAGGACAGCAGGAGGUCCGGAAGGAGAAGAUCCUCGGGAGCAGCCGCUCUAAAGAUUCCCGAAGAGAGAAACACAAAAAGAGGAGUAAAGAGCGAUCUCACCGAAAGACAAAGAAGAGGUCUCAUUCAUCCAGUGAUGAUGAUGAGGAAGAGGUGAGCAGGAAGAAAAAGAAGAAAAGCCACAAGAAGAAAGGCAAAAAGGAGAAGCGAGAGAAAGAGAAACAGCGCGUGAAGAAGCGUAAGAAGAAACACACGCAGGCUUCAUCAUCAUCAUCAUCAUCAUCAUCAUCAUCAUCGCCCUCUUCCUCGAACAGCUCGAGUGACUCCUCAGAUACAGACUGAAGCUCCUUCUGUUCCAGAUCUUCAUCUACACUUCAUCCAGCAAAACAAAUCAACUGCCAUGAGACGACGUUAUCAUCUAAACGACAGGCUGAGUGCAAAAGUUUGUGCACCCUUGGGACUAAAGGAAGACAAAUAACUCUGCUUUAUUUCAUUAUUACAGCUUCCUAAACUCAAAAUAAUGUUUUUAACCCCAAAAGCAUACGGGGGUACAAACUUUUGCACUCAGCUCUCUGUGUUAAAAUGUUACUGUUUCAGUAGUGAAUUAUUUCCAUUUCUUUUCCUCUGUGAUCUUAUAUUUCUUAUUGUUGUUUGCUAUAUUUUUCGCAGUAUCGUUAGAUUUUGUAUAGAAAUAAAAUGAUAAAAAUUCA